GGUCGAUUUCGACAUCCGAGUCGGUUGUCAAUUCAUUUAUAUUUGUUAAAUAAUAAAAUGUAGUUUAUCUACAUUACUCUAGUUAUACAUAAAAUUUAGUGAUAAAUUAUCGUAAAAAAUUGUUUUUACGGGAAAACAUUUUAUAUAUCAUUAUUUAAAAAGUGAAUUAAAUUUCCUAUAUACAUAACUUAUUGGGGUCAAUCAACUUCCAGCCACAGAGUACAGACUAGAUUAAGAUAAAAUGCGUGGAAGACCAGGAGGAAGAAGAUCUCGAAGUAGAGACCGGCGUAGAUCUCGAAGUCGCGACCGUGGCUAUGGUGGCGGCGGAGGAGGAGGAGGUAACAGAAGAAAUGCAGCGGGUGCGAUGCUGCGUAAACCUAGAUGGGACUUGAACCGAUUAGAGCCUUUCAAAAAGGAUUUUUAUGUACCUCUACCUUCAGUACAAAAUCGGUCUUUGUAUGACCUAGAAGAAUGGAGAAGAAAACAAGAAAUAUCUCUCAAAGGGAAAGGUAUUCCUAAUCCGGUGCUAUCGUUCGAAGAAGCUGGCUUCCCAGAUUACGUUAUGGAGGAAUUGGUAAAAAUGAACUUCAAAAGUCCAACAUCCAUACAAGCUCAAGGUUGGCCAAUUGCUUUGUCUGGUAGAGAUAUGGUAGGAAUAGCUUCUACUGGUUCAGGAAAAACUUUAAGCUACAUUUUACCUGCAAUUGUACAUAUAAAUAAUCAGUCUAGGUUGUUAAGAGGAGAUGGACCAAUUGCCCUGAUUCUGGCACCUACUAGGGAGCUUGCUCAGCAAAUCCAACAGGUUGCUACAGAUUUUGGCCAAACUUCAAGAAUCCGCAAUACCUGCAUCUUUGGUGGUGCACCUAAAGGCCCGCAAGCUAAUGACCUAAUGGAUGGAGUAGAAAUUGUCAUAGCAACACCAGGUCGUCUUAUUGAUUUUCUGGAGUCAAACAGAACUAAUCUGAAGAGAUGCACGUAUCUUGUCCUAGAUGAAGCUGAUCGUAUGUUAGAUAUGGGAUUUGAGCCCCAAAUUAGAAAGAUAAUUGAGCAAAUUCGACCUGAUCGCCAAACGUUAAUGUGGUCUGCCACUUGGCCUAAAGAGGUACAAAAUUUAGCUCAAGAGUUUUUGAAAGAUUAUAUUCAAAUUAAUGUUGGAUCUUUACAACUAUCUGCAAAUCAUAAUAUUCUACAAAUUAUUGAUGUUUGUCAGGAGUAUGAAAAAGAGAGCAAAUUAAGUACAUUGCUAAAGGAAAUUAUGUCUGAAAAGGAGAACAAAACUAUUAUUUUUAUUGAAACCAAAAGGAAAGUGGAUGAUAUUACUAGGAAAAUGAAAAGAGAUGGGUGGCCAGCUGUUUGUAUACAUGGAGAUAAAUCUCAACAAGAAAGAGAUUGGGUAUUACAAGAUUUUAGAACAGGAAAAGCUCCAAUUUUAGUGGCCACUGAUGUAGCUGCUAGAGGUCUAGAUGUCGAAGAUGUAAAGUUUGUGAUAAAUUUCGAUUAUCCUUCAAAUUCUGAAGAUUAUGUUCACCGAAUUGGUCGAACAGGUCGAUCUCAAAAAACCGGAACUGCUUAUACGUUUUUCACGCCCAGUAAUUUUAACAAAGCCUCCGAUUUGGUAGCUGUCCUCAAAGAAGCCAAACAAGUCAUCAAUCCCAAAUUGCAGGAUAUGGCCGAUAGAGGUUACUCCGCUACCAAUUCAAUCAGAGGAAGAAGUAGAUGGAGUCGAAAUCCACGAGGUCGUCGUUCUCUAUCUCGUUCUAGAUCAAGAUCCAGGUCGAGAUCUCGUACACCAAGACGCAGGCGCGACCGAAGCCGCUCCAGAGACCGACCUAGAAGAAGAAGAUCUCCUAGUAGAGAUUCAUCACGCAGUCCAAGAAAAUCGAGGUCCAACGGUUCCUUAUCCCGAUCUGGAUCUCCCGAUUCUAUAAAACACAAUUUAUCAGUGCCACCGCCCAUGAAUAAUCGUCCGCCCAGUCCACCACAAAAUAUGCACAAUCCACCUCCUCAGUUGCUACAACAUCCACCGCCGUCUGUAACUCAAAACCUUCCCCCAAAUGCUUUACCUCAACCAUCUUCUCAACCGCCCAUGUUUCAAAACAAUAACUUGCAGCAGCGACCGCCAAGUGUCUUGCCGAUGAGACAAGCAGCUCCUCCUCUCCUAAAUAAUACAAAUCCUCAACAAAGACCUCCACCUAUGCAAGGUCCUCCUCUUAUGCAAGGUGUUCCACUUCAACAACAAAGACCACCAGUAACUAUUCCCGGAAUUCCACAAAGACCCAUGCAAGGACCUCCUCCAAAUAUUCAUUUGCAAAACUUACAGCAACCACCUCCUCCACCACCUCAAUCACAAUUACAACCACCUCUUCCGCAAGGUCCUCCUAUGCAUCAACCUCCACCUCAAGCGCAUCUAUUACACCAACCUCCCCCUCAACAAAGACCACCCUUGCAUCAACAAGGACAACAAAUGUUAGCUUUAUCUAACCACAAUUUUGUCAAUCAAAAUCUAGGUCAUCAACCUCCACCUGCAUCCAACCCGUUUGGUGGUUAUCAUAUACCUAAUGGAACACUAUUUUUUAACGCACCUCCACCUCCACCACCGGCACAAAGAGUCACUGGAGUUUACUUUCAAUACGCUCCUCCACCCCCAGCUCCUCGAUAAACACUAGUUUAGUAAAUUAAACAGUUGAAAGUAUGUGUUAACAUAAACAUGAUGGGAGAUUUCUGAGGAGUGAAGAACAGUGUCUAUUUUAGUGCAGAUAAGUUUCUACUCCAAAUAUGGAAUACGUUUAGCUUUAAGAAAAUAUUAUUUGAUGUUCAAACUAACAGUGUUUAUGAUUUUUUUAAGAUUAAAUAUUAAACUUACUGCUUAAUAUAAAGUCUUAGGUCAAUAAUUAAUAUUUUUUAUUUAUUUCAAUUUUUUGACUGAAUUUUGAUAACAUUCAUCAAUACGUACAGCUACGCAUCCACUUUUUAUUUAGUAACAAAUUUUCUGAAAGUAGUAGGUGUGUUUCAUCAGAAGAUAUAUUUUGUUUCAGCAUUAAAGUUGCAGGAAACUUAUUUGUUUUAAAUUCGAUAUUUUCUGACUGUUUCUAUUUUGCUUCUUUCUGUAUCACAAAUGAGAUCCCUAACCUAUCAAAAUUCAUUAUUAUUAUUGUUGUUACUCUUUUCUUUGAUCUAGUUUUAUCUUGCAUAAAUAUAUAUUAUCCAUGCAAUAAAAAGGUAAAACGCUGUGCAGCUUCUGUUUUUUCUAUUUUUAGAAUUACAAUGUUAUUGUAGAUUAUAAAUUAAGGGAUCGUUUGGCUCUGUAGGCCUUUCCACGCUGAAACCUGAAAUGUCUUUUGUGUGUAUACGUUACAUGUUUACAUGAUUCCAGUUUUAAAAUUGCCCAAAUAUCUUUUUAUUAGAUGGCGCUUUUGUUUGCUAUUUGGUGACUUAUUUUACCUUCUUUCCUGGUCCAGUUUGUGAACUUAAUUCCUUCUGAUCAAUACUCCUUUCUAAUUGUUGUCUAUUUAUCAGUUACUGUAUUUUUUUUUAAUUUUCAUAGGUGCCCUCAUCUCUGUUGAUUGCAAGAAUAUACUUCUUUUAUGUAUAAUAUGGUAAGUUUUGAAUUCCAAAUUAACUCGACUUAAGUUAGGUUCGACAUUGAAAGCAACUUGAUCCGAUGAAUCACAUUUGAUUGGUAACAUUUGACUAUAAAAGUUUUUGUUAGUCAACAUUAUUUAGCUAGGUGAGACCGCGCUUUUGGUAAUAAAAUGCUGAAUCAAUUAAUUACAUUUUUUAGUGUAUGACAAAACUGUUCGAAUAAGUAAGUUAAAUGUACGGGAUAUAAAUUGUAAACUCUGUCCAAUAUUUAUUUCGUAGCAAAUAAAAUUGUAUAUAACAGUAGCUAAAUUGACAGUUUGUAUUUAACUAGAUCUGAUUAAAAAUCAAAUGUACGUUC